GCCGACACAGCCAACCCGCUCAAACUAAACCAUGUCCGCCGCCGUCGCCAAGAAACAGCGCGUCGCCGCCGAGGAGCGCGUCUUCCUCUUCUCGUCCGAGUCGGUCAACGAGGGCCACCCCGACAAGGUCGCGGACCAGGUCUCGGACGCCGUGCUCGACGCGUGCCUCACGGCGGACCCCUACUCCAAGGUCGCGUGCGAGACGGCGACGAAGGACAACAUGGUCAUGGUCUUCGGCGAGAUCACGACGAAGGCGAAUCUCGACUACGACGCCAUCGUGCGCAACGAGGUCAAGAAGAUCGGCUUCGACUCCUUCGUCGACGACCUCGGCUCCGUCGACUCCAAGGGCCUGUCGUGCGACUCGUGCGAGGUGCUCGUCCGCAUCAAUAAGCAGUCGCCCGACAUCGCCGGCGGCGUCCACGUGGGCAAGAGCGACCUCGACGUCGGCGCCGGCGACCAGGGCAUCAUGUUCGGCUACGCGUCCGACGAGACGGAGAACUGCAUGCCCCUCACGCACCUCAUGGCGACGCGCCUCGGCAAGGUGCUCACGGAGGUCCGCAAGGACGGGUCGCUCUGGUGGCUCCGCCCCGACGGCAAGACCCAGGUGACCAUCGAGUACCUCCAGCACUCCGACGGCUCCGUGACGCCCAAGAUGAUCCACACCGUCGUCAUCUCCACGCAGCACGCGGAGCCCCUCAAGGCGAAGCGCACCGAGGAGCAGAACGGCAAGGACUUCCGCGGCGCCUACAAGGGCCCGGAGCAGGUCGCGCCGUCCAUGGCCGACAUGAACGAGGCCAUCCACGAGCACGUCGUCCUCGCGACGCUCAAGUCCAUCACGCUCAAGAACGGCAAGCCCGCGACGUCGAUCUACGACCGGAAGACGUGCAACCUCCACAUCAACCCGAGCGGCAAGUUCAUCAUCGGCGGCCCCCAGGGCGACGCGGGCCUCACGGGCCGCAAGAUCAUCAUCGACACCUACGGCGGCUGGGGCGCCCACGGCGGCGGCGCGUUCAGCGGCAAGGACCCGACGAAGGUCGACCGGUCCGCGGCCUACGCGUGCCGCUGGUCAAGAUGAAUUUCGACGCGCGGCCCGGCGCGCUCGCGCGCGACCUCGACCUCCGCCAGCCCAAGUACAACGUCACGGCGGCCUACUGCCACUUCGGCCGCGAGCCCUACACCAAGGACGGCAUCCGCUACUUCGCGUGGGAGGACGCCAUCGACCUCUCCAAGUACGCGACCAUGUCCGCGGCCGACGUCGACAAGGCCGUCGCGGCCAACAAGGCGAAGAUCCUCGCCAAGUGGGUCGACUAGGCGCCGCCGGCCCGGCCGCCCCGGGCGCGGGCGCCCCCGCCGACGCGGGGGCCCCCGCCACCGGGGCGCCCCGCGCGAUCGCCGCCGCCGCGGCCGCCCGCUCCUCCCCCCGGAGCGCCGCGCUGGCGCCGACGCCGCGCCCGGAGCCGCCGACGGCGGUUAAGGGCACCUUCCUGC